AUGAAGUUCUCUUACACUCUUGUCGCUGCGCUCGUGGGAGCCGUCGCCGCCAGCCCACUUGGCGAACCGUCCCUCAGCAAGCGCGUCGACACGGCCAAGAUCAAGGAAGAGGUUCAGCAAUUGAACGUGCUGAUUCAGAGCUUCCAAGAGGCCAAGGACAAGAAGCAGGAGAGCAAGGGCGAGGGCUGGCAGCAGACCAUUGACCUCCUCAAGGAGAGGGCGGCAGCUAUCGAGGCCGCGCCAGAGGACAAGGUCGCCGAGGAGAUUGGCAAGCUCGACGAGCCACUUGCUCGCAUUCGCAAGAGCAGAGAAGGCGCGAUUGACCGAUACACGAGAAAUCUCUUUGGCUUCUCCGAUGCCAAGGACCGCCUUACCGAGGCGGCAAAGUAA